AUGGAACUUAGUUCCUGUGUUAACAUACAUACCUUGUCGCCAACGCAUUUUUUGCCGCGGGCUGCUGCUAUAGAACCAGAGGCAACGGCAAUUCAUCAUAUUAGCUCCAGCAAAAACGUCAUUCGCCGGUCUUACAAAGACUUUGCAAGACGGGCUAGUGGGUUGGCUUAUUUCCUGCGAAGAGGAGGAUUCCAAAGGGUUGGUAUCUUGGCCACCAAUACACCGGCAUUUCUAGAGUCCAUCUUCGGGAUCGCCGGUGCUGGUGCGGUAAAUGUUGCAAUUAAUUAUCGUCUUCAGCCUGAUGAUAUAAAAUACAUUUUUGAGCAUGCUGAAGUGGACAUGAUCAUUGUUGAUCACGAGUUUGCACAUAUCUUGAAUGACUUUAGAUUAGCCCAUCCUCAAGUCCCCUUGUUAGUCGAUAGCGACACAGACGGCAUUUCCGGGCCAUUCGACAUGGCUAUAUCAGAGGGUCAAGCAAUCGACCUUCGAAAUGGUGAUAUGGGCUGGUCUGGACUAGAAACUCAAGUCCCGCAAGAACACGCUAUGCUCGCCAUUUCAUAUACAAGUGGCACCACUUCCAGACCCAAGGGCGUUGUGUAUACCCACCGCAGCAUUUACCUUGCGGCGCUUAGUAACGUCAUAGAGUCUGGACUAUACUCGGACGAUAGGAGGUGCAAGUAUCUAUGGAUCCUGCCGAUGUUUCAUGCUAUGGGUUGGACGUUUCCAUGGGCUGUAACUGCCGUCAGGGGUACACAUUACUGCCUUCGGAAAGUCGACUAUCCGCAGAUAUGGUCAUUGUUAAUCCACGAACACCUCACCCACUUUUGCGCCGCUCCUACAGUGAACAGGCUUCUGUGUCACACAAAGGAGGCAAGACGCCUGCCAGAUCCAGUUUCAGUUACAGUGGCUGCAAGCCCACCAUCUGCAGCUCUGUUUGAGCAGAUGACCGCACUCAACUUGAAACCAGUACAUGCCUAUGGCCUUACCGAGACCCAUGGGCCCAUAACAAGGACAUACUAUAUGCCCCAAUGGGACAAACUUCAGGCCAAUGUUCGAUACCAGAUGAUGGCUCGACAAGGGCAUGGAGUUGUUGCGGGAUUGCCAGUACGCGUGAUCAAGCCCUGGCUGCCAGAGGGGGAGCUAGUAGAUGUUCAGCGCAACGGACAGGAAAUCGGUGAGGUUGUCUUUCAAGGAAACCUCUGUGCCCAUAGCUAUUAUAAAGAUAAAGAGGCAACCAGAAAAUUGUUUGCAGGGGGCUGGAUGCAUUCGGGUGACUUGGCAGUAUGGCACCCCGACAGUGCAAUUCAAAUAUUGGAUCGAGCCAAAGACAUAAUCAUCAGCGGUGGCGAGAACAUUUCUUCGGUUGCAGUGGAAAACUUGCUCCUGGAUCACCCGGACAUCAUCGAAGCUUCUGUAGUAGGUGUUGCCGAUGAAAAAUGGGGCGAAACUCCCAAGGCAUAUAUCACUGUGGUACCUGGGUCUAAGGUGACACCUGCAGAUGUCAUCUCAUGGGCUCGUAACAAAUCCAAGAUUAGUAAGUUCAUGAUGCCUCGGGAAGUUGAGAUCAUAUCGGAGUUGCCGAAGACAAGCACUGGCAAAAUCAAGAAGAAAGUGCUACGAGAAGCGGCAAGGAAGGCUUCAAGGAAAUCAUCUAAAUUGUAA